AUGGGUGUUCACUUAAGGCACACGCAAAAUUUACAAACGAAACUCAGUAGAUCAGUAAAGGAAGAUGUUAAUCAAACCACUCUCCUGGAUGCAAGGACCCAAAGCUACCAAGGUGACAAGCCCCAGCGGUGUGUAGGCGGCUUCCAGAGGGUCUUGCCGGGCUGUGGGGUUGUAGGUCAGCCAGGGUUCGUGGCUUCGGCGAUCUUCUCGGAAUUCCGGAAUUCAGGAGAUCCUGAGUCAUUCUCCCUUUUGUCAGUGGCUGCUUCCCGAGACACUGAAAUCCACAAGGACGUUCAGAACUACUAUGGGAAUGUACUGAAGACAUCUGCAGACCUCCAGACUAAUGCUUGCGUCACGUCAGCCAAGCUGGUCCCCGAGUACAUCCGGGAAAGUCUGCAGAAUGUACAUGAAGACGUUACUUCGAGGUAGUGUGUAUAUUAUGGCUGUGGUCUGGUUGUUCCUGAGCGGCUGGAAAACUGUCAGAUUUUGGAUCUGGGUUGUGGGAGCGGCAGGGAUUGCUAUGUGCUUAGCCAUCUGGUUGGUGAGAAGGGACGUGUCACUGGGAUAGACAUGACUAAGGUCCAGGCUGAAGUGGCUAAAACCUAUCUUGACUAUCACAUGGAAAAGUUCAGUUUCCAGGCACCCAAUGUGACUUUUCUUCACGGCUGCAUUGAGAAAUUGGUGGAGGCUGGGAUCCAGAAUGAGAGCUAUGAUAUCAUUAUAACCAAUAUAAUCUUUAACCUUGCUCAGAUGUGCACUGCUCUCUUUCAGCACGGUGGGGAGCUCUAUUUCAGUGACGUCUAUGCUAGCCUUGAAGUGCCAGAAGACAUCAAGUCGCACAAAGUUUUAUGGGGGGAAUGCCUGGGUGGUACUCUGUACUGGAAGGAUCUUGCCGUCAUUGCCCCCAAAAUUGGAUUCUGCCCUCCACGCUUGGUCACUGCCAAUAUCAUUAUGGUUGAAAACAAGGAACUAGAAAAGGUUCUUGGUGACUGUCGCUUUGUGUCUGCCACAUUCCACCUCUUCAAACUCCCUCAGACAGAGCCAGCAGAACGAUGUGUUUACAAUGGAGGAAUCCUGGGGCAUGAAAAGGAACUAAUCUUUGAUGCAAAUUUUAAAUUCAAGGAAGGUGUAGCUGUUGAAGUGAAUGAGGAGACGGUAGCUGUCUUGAAGAAUUCGCGUUUUGCUCAUGAUUUUCUCUUCACACCUGUUGAAGUCACCCUGCCAGCUCCCCAGGGCUGUUCUGAGUUAGAAACAAAGGUUAUAAUCAGAGAUCCAUCCAAGCUUGCAGAGAAAUCUGACAAGAUGAAGCCCAGACGUGCCCCAGAAGGCGCUGGAGGCUGCUGUGGCAAACGGCAAAGCUGCUAG